AUGGAAGAACUAGGUAUACAACCAACAGCAGCACCAAGCUUCGAUAAAUCCAAAAUUGAAAACUUAUUCAUCAACACUACAAACCAAUCUUCAAACAAUGCUGAUAUAUAUUUGAAAUUGAAAAAACUGGAAAAAGAAUAUGAACUAUUGACAUUACAAGAAGAUUAUAUAAAAGAUGAACAACGUCAUUUGAAAAGAGAACUAGUAAGAGCACAAGAAGAAGUUAAAAGAAUUCAAUCAGUGCCGCUUGUUAUUGGGCAAUUUUUGGAACCAAUAGAUCAAAAUGUUGGUAUAGUAUCUUCAACUACAGGUUCCAACUAUGUUGUUAGAAUCUUGUCAACAUUGGAUAGAGAACUAUUGAAAGCUUCUGCUUCAGUUGCCCUACAUCGUCAUUCAAAUGCUCUUGUGGAUAUUUUACCUCCAGAAGCUGAUUCGAGUAUUGCCAUUUUGGGUGAUGGUGAAAAACCAGACGUUACUUAUGCAGAUGUUGGUGGUUUAGAUAUGCAAAAGCAAGAAAUUAGAGAAGCUGUUGAACUACCAUUGACACAAGGGGAUUUAUAUGAACAAAUUGGUAUUGACCCACCAAGAGGUGUCUUGUUAUAUGGUCCUCCAGGUACUGGUAAAACCAUGUUAGUUAAAGCUGUUGCCAACAGUUCAACUGCCUCUUUCAUUAGAGUCAAUGGUUCAGAAUUUGUCCAAAAAUAUCUUGGUGAAGGUCCUCGUAUGGUGCGUGAUGUUUUCAGAUUAGCUAGAGAAAAUUCACCAUCUAUUAUUUUCAUUGAUGAAAUUGAUGCUAUUGCCACUAAGCGUUUUGAUGCUCAAACUGGUGCUGAUCGUGAAGUUCAACGUAUCUUGUUGGAAUUGUUGAAUCAAAUGGAUGGUUUCGAUCAAACUUCAAGUGUCAAAGUUAUUAUGGCAACAAACAGAGCUGAUACAUUAGAUCCUGCAUUAUUAAGACCAGGUCGUUUAGAUAGAAAAAUUGAAUUCCCAUCAUUAAGAGAUAGAAGAGAACGUCGUUUGAUCUUUUCCACUAUUGCUUCAAACAUGUCACUAUCUCCAGAAGUUGAUUUAGAUUCAUUGAUUAUUAGAAAUGACCCACUAUCAGGUGCAAUCAUUGCUGCUAUUAUGCAAGAAGCUGGGUUGCGUGCUGUCAGAAAGAACAGAUAUGUUAUUUUACAAAGUGAUUUAGAAGAAGCUUAUACUGCACAAGUCAAGACUGAUAGUGAAGUUGAUAAAUUCGAGUUCUAUAAAUAG